GUGACUAAGACCUCUCCUCUGCUGUCCAAGCGCUUCGGUGCAGGGACAGCGGCCGUCCUCAGCCACCCCGGGCAGGCUCGCCGAAGGCUGGCCUAGAUGGCGGUAUGCUCACGAUAGUCUAGUGCUGGCCGACGCUGCUGUGGUUCUGAUGGUUGCGCUUCUUGUUAACCCUCUGUCGUGCUUUGGUAAUUGUAUUGAUUAGACUUGAUAACUGUCUUGACUUGAAUUUUGUCCCUUUAAAACUGCUGUACCUACCUGUGCACUAAAGAUGCAAUACCUGUCUUUGAGAAGAAUCUAUGGAAAGCUGUAAGAAUUGGCUGAUGGGACCUGGGACUUGGGUAUGGGGUUAUGGCAUCAUUUCUGCAGGUUCUAGGGCUGCCCUUUUCAGCAGCUGCGUAAAGGUAAUGCAUCUUUAGGUGACCCCACGGGCACUUUAUAUUGUAACAUUUCAAAUGUAGCAAUCAGCUUAAGUAUAUGUUUGAGGAAUUUGUUUUGUUUUUAGGACUUAAAAAAGUUAAUAGAUUAAUAUUAUCAUCACUGUUUGAGUAUUGAAAAUGUUUUAUUAAGACCAGAAAACUUCUCGAUGGUUAUGUGUAUAAAAUGUUUGAACUGUUCAUUUGCAAUGCUCUGGUUCCGGGUCUUGGUGCCCUCACACUUGUUCUCGGUCACCUCCUGGUGCCGCCAGUCGGCACGUGCAGACCUGGGAGUGGAUUUGUCUGUCACCUUCUCCAGGGCUUGGGAGCAGCGAUACCGGGUGGGGGUGGGGCUGGGGGAACAUCAGUCAAAUCACAGCGGGAUUUGGCUCGCCUUGGGUGCAGCUCGACUCAGGCUUGUCAUCUUGGGGUAUGUUGGGAGCCGUGACUGUGUGACUGUUCAACUGUUUUCUCAUGGAAUUAAUCCUUGUGUGUGCAAUAUUAUAAAGUUUCAUAUGAGGUCAGAUUUUGCUCUGUUAAAUCUUAGAAAAUACAUACAAAAGAAAAUGUUAAAUGUAGCCAAUUUUAAAAUGUUACCUUUUAAAAAUGCAAGUUAUUUUUGUAUUUCUCUGUUUUCUAUGAUAAAGUUUUUAAAUGUACUGAUUAUGGUGAAAUUGUAGUAUUUUGAUGCUCUUGUCUGAUUUUAUGAAUAUUCAUUUUAAGACUCCUUGUUGAAAUGGGACAGUUUGGAAAUGGUUCUUGGAUAAGCCUGAGAAGAGGACUGCCCUCGGGCACUGAGCCCUCCUCGCACGCUGUUCCCCUGCUCCCAGGGCGAGGCUCCCUCUCCGAGCGGACUCCCUUUCGGAAGAAGGAGGGCCAGGCUGUGGACACCUCUUGAAGGAAGAGGAACGCAAGAGGACGGCUUGUCUCAGAAAAGCCUGGUGGCUCCUGCUCGGCAGUCCAUUGAGUUUGCAUGUUUCUCUGCACUACGGAUUCUGAGCGCUUAGAUUUCUUUAACCAAGAAUUACAUGAAUGACAGCCUUCGCACAGACGUGUUUGUGAGGUUCCAGCCCGAGAGCAUCGCCUGUGCCUGCAUUUACCUUGCAGCCCGGACACUGGAGAUUCCUCUGCCCAAUCGUCCCCAUUGGUUUCUUUUGUUUGGAGCAACUGAAGAAGAAAUUCAAGAAAUCUGCUUAAAGAUCCUGCAGCUUUACACUCGGAAGAAGGUUGACCUGACACACCUGGAAAGUGAGGUGGAAAAGAGGAAGCACGCCAUGGACGAGGCAAAGGCCCAAGCCAGAGGCCUGCUGCCCGGCAGCACCCCUGCCCUGGACAGCACCUCAGGGUUCUCGCCUGCCCCGAAGCCCGCGGAAUCUCCCAAAGAAGGUAAAGGGAACAAGGCUUCCCCGCUCUCGGUGAAGACCACCAAGAGGAAACCAGAGGGCGUGAAGAAAGCCAAGGCGGACAGCCCGGUGAACGGGUUGCCGAAGGGGCGAGGCAGUCAGAGUCGGAGCGGGAGCCGGGAGCAGAGCUACUCGAGGUCCCCAUCGCGAUCCGCUUCUCCUAAGAGGAGGAAAAGCGACAGCGGCUCGACUACUGGGGGGUCCAAGUCCCAAAGCCGUUCGCGGAGCCGGAGUGACUCACCCCCGAGACAAGCGCACCGAGGCGCUCCCUACAAAGGCUCCAAGGUGAGGAGCUAUCGCAAGUCCAAGGACUGCAAGUACCCCACCCAGAAGCCACACAAGUCCCGGAGCCGGAGCUCUUCCCGCUCGCGAAGCCGCUCACGGGAGCGGGCAGAUAAUUCUGGAAAGUACAAGAAGAAAAGUCAUUACUAUAGAGAUCAGCGACGGGAGCGUUCGAGGUCUUAUGAGCGAACAGGCCACCGCUACGAGCGGGACCACCCCGGACACAGCCGGCAUCGGAGGUGAGGCCUGGGGUCCGAGAGCUGCCCUUCCACCCUCGGCGUGGCUGACUGUGGCUCAACUCUCUCUGUAAAUGGUUGGUGACUCUGGACCUGGUGAUGAAUUUGGAGAUGGAAUCGAGAGGAUGGCACUGUGCCCUUCAGGUUGGCCUGGGCCAGGUGCACGCCGGUCCUGGUGCAGGGCCCGUCUCGCCGCAGCCCUGCAGCACAAGCUGCCGGGGAGAUGGCGCACAUGCCGGUGGUGUGGAUCGGUGCUAACGACAGGCUGUCUUCACUCCCAUACCGACACUCAAUUACGUUAAACCAACAAAAUGACUUUUAGGACCUUUGCCUAUAUUAGGUUGUACUUAUGUACAUAUUUUGCAGUAUUUCACAAUGAGAAAAUGGCCUUAAUAGCCCCUAUUCUCUAUCCACGUUGUAAAUAAACAUGUGUUUAAUACAAGUUAAAGCUAUAUAUGAGAACUCAGAACUUGAAUUCUGUCAGCCUAAAACUUGUGUAGAGAAUUCUGAUUUUUAAAAUGUGAAGGUAUUUAGAUGUGUUGAAAGUCGUAUAUUUUUAUCUGCGAUGCUGAGUGCAGGCCACCAGCUCCUAAAUAGAGGUUUCCUAUAUAUGCAUUUUAUGUGGUUGAAUAAACACAAUUCUCUCUACUCAGGAUAUUUGGACGUUAAAGGAUUUGUAGUUUGUCCUGCUUGUUACUGCGCCCAGCCCGCAGCGCCCGUUCUCGUGGUGUCUGCUGCCGCCUCUGAUCUCAUUAAAGCUGUUUUAUAUCAA